CUGUUGUCGCUCCAAAAACGCAAGAAGCAGAUUCAUUUACUGAAAAUUGAAAAUAUUUUUUUUCGUUAAAAAAAUUACAAAAUUGAUUUCGUUUCGCUUGGAAGCACGCUAAUUAUUGUGCGCCAUUCGCGACUAGCAGUAUUGCAGUUGCAAUUUGCAGAUCGCUCUAGUGCCAAAUGACCUAUUUGCAAAGUCUUUUGUGCUUCUUUUUAUGACGCUGUAAAUAACAAUUGGCAGACAAAUGCUAUAAUAUAAUUUAGCAUUGAGUGCAUCCAGUUGAAGUUGCGUGUGUUGUGUGUAUAACAAUGUUUCGCAGUCGUAGCUGGUUCGGUGGCCCUUGGGGUGGCCGCCCCAAGAAUCGGUUGUCAUUGGAGCACCUAAAGUACCUGUACAGCAUUUUGGAGAAGAACACAACCGUCUCGGAAAGCAAUCGCGGUCUACUUGUUGAAUCCUUGCGCUGCAUUGCCGAAAUUCUCAUCUGGGGCGAUCAACAUGACACGUUGGUCUUUGAUUUCUUUUUGGAGAAGAAUAUGUUGGCGUACUUUCUCCACAUAAUGCGCCAGAAGAGCGGCGGCUCCAGCUACGUUUGCGUCCAACUGCUGCAGACCCUCAACAUUCUCUUUGAGAACAUCCGGAAAGAGACUUCAUUGUAUUAUUUGCUGAGUAAUAACCAUGUGAAUUCCAUAAUGGUGCACAAGUUUGACUUCUCCGACGAGGAUGUCAUGGGCUAUUACAUACUCUUCCUAAAGACGCUAAGCCUCAAGUUGAAUCCACACACUAUACACUUUUUCUAUAACGAGCACACGAAUGACUUUCCACUCUAUACGGAGGCCAUUAAGUUCUUCAACCAUCCGGAAUCGAUGGUGCGCAUAGCUGUGCGUACAAUCUCUCUGAAUGUCUACAAGGUGCAAAAUGCGAGCAUGUUGCGUUUUAUUAGAGACAAAACGGCGGCGCCUUAUUUCAGCAACUUGGUCUGGUUCAUUGGCAAGCACAUAUUGGAGCUGGACACUUGCGUGCGCACAGAUAUUGACCACCAAUCGAAUCAGAAGCUUUCGAAUUUGGUUGCCGAGCAUCUCGAUCACUUGCACUACUUGAGUGACAUCCUGCUGCUGGACAUUACGGAUCUGAAUGCCGUGCUCACCGAACAUUUGCUGCACAAGCUUUUCGUACCUUUGUAUAUAUUUUCAUUGACGCCGGCGCCACCGCCACCAUCGCUGGCAGUGGUUACCCAAAAUCUGGCGGCUGUGCUGAAUCGCAAUGUGAACAUCGACAUACAGGAGAUGCAUAAUCCGCGUGUCAGCUCAAUUGUGGCGCUCUAUCUGUUGUCUCUGGUAUUUCUGGUUAUCACACAUGCGCCGCUCGUGCAUGCCUUGGCCUGGGUCAUAAUGAAUGGCGAUCACAGCGUGUUCAAAGAGGGCGCUGCCGAGAUACUCAACUCGUAUGUGGAGCAUCGAAAGGUGGUCGUGCCUGGCUUUGGGGAGCCACACGAGAGUCUCGAGCAGACACUGGACACGGUCGUUGGACAUGGCACCGCAAGCUCCAGCGCAGAUGCGGUCAGCGAGGAUAGCGGCGUUGAAUCAACGCCAGCAACAGCAUCAUCGCCCACAAGCAGACAGAACAUUGAAACUGUGGCUGAGGCUGCAGCCAACCGGCUGCGCAACAUAACCGACGAGGAGAAACAGCGGCUGCAGCAGUCGACUUCAACGCCGGCAUUUGCUGAGCCGCAGCUGGCCAAGCCGUUUCUGGACACCGUGCUGCAGUCACUCGACUGCACAGAAAAUGACUAUCUGGCGCUGUUGUCCCUCUGCCUCAUCUACGCCAUGUCCCACAAUCGAGGCAUGAAGAGCGAGUGGUUCGAACAGGUGCUCUCCAAGUCGAUGCGUGGCUCCUUCAGCUACAAGACAUCGCUAAUUGAGCAUUUGCUCAACAUUAUCACCCAAUCCAGUCAACCAUCGUGUCGCAUACGUUUGAUCACCGUUGAGAUUGCCUUGGAGCUGCUGUUGACCUUCACCAAGCCUACGGCGGAUGAGACACAUUGCAUAACCCCAGCGCAGCAGGGAUUGCUCUUCAGUGCACGCAAUCAGUCGAUGGUUGUGUUGCGUAACUUCUACAAAUCGGAGGAUAUAUUCCUCGAUCUGUUCGAGGAUGAGUACAAUGAGAUGCACAAAACCGAGCUGAGAGUGGAGUUUCUGUGCAAUGACUCGACAAUUCUGUUGCCGCCCACGGGCACUCCACUCACCCGCAUCGAUUUCACCCGUCGUCUGCCCUGCGGCGAAGUGGAGAAGGCUCGUCGAGCCAUACGCGUCUACUUCUUGUUGCGUCGCACGUGCCAAAAGUUUUUGAACGAGAAGGAAUCGCUUCUGCCGUUGACGAAUGUCGUCAAUCUGGUACAGGUGGAGAAUGUGCUCGAUCUGAACAACAGCGAUUUGAUUGCCUGUACGGUUGUGUCCAAGGAGAAUGCCAAGCAGCGGCGAUUUCUUGUCAUCGAUGCCCUGCAGCUGAUACUCGUGGAGCCCGAUGCCAAACUGUUGGGUUGGGGCGUUGCCAAAUUUGUCGGAUUUUUGCAAGACGUUGAGGUGCAGGGCGAUAAGGAUGAUUCACGCUGCCUGCACAUCACCGUCCAUCGCGUCGGCGUCACCCACAAUCGGACGCCGUUACUCUCGGCCAAAUUUCUGUUCGACGAUCACAUUCGCUGCAUGGCGGCCAAGCAGCGGCUGACGAAGGGACGGAGCAAGGCGCGCCAGAAGAAAAUGUAUCAGAUCGCCCAGCUUAUUGAGCUGCCCGGCCAGUUGGAUUCGCCACUGUAUCCGGUGGCCGGCACCUCAUCGCAUCCAGCCAAUGUCCGACUGGUUCAAAAGGGCGUCAGUCUAUCGGCGAAUCGGGUGCCCGGCUUUGCAGCCGUACUCCGCAGCAAUAAUACCGCCGGCGUCAGUCGUACUCAGAUGGCGCAAAAUCGAUCGCUCGAAGGCAUACGAAAUGAGAGCGGUAGCCGCUCACGUCGUCGCAGUCCUCAUGCCCCAGGCUCCUCUACUUCACCAUCGUCUCUGAGGCCAAACAGUGCUGCACUGGAUCGGGAUCGGGAUCGCGAUCGUUCGCCAAGUGUGAGCGGUGUCAGCCACAGCUCUUCGCAGUCCAGAGAACACUCACAGGCGCGCAGUUCUGGGAAUCGAUCCCGUGAAAGCAGUCCACGUAUGCCAAGACCUCGGUCGGAGGAAAUCCCUUUAGAGGACUUCCCACACUCACGCAAUAACAGUCCUCACUCGCGCAGCAAUGCGGGUAAUCCCUCACCAUCCUCACGUUCGCAGACGCCCUCUUCUCGGACGCUGCACCUUGAUCAGUUAUCGGUGCACAGUGGUUCGCCGCGGGAACCGUCCUUAAUCGGCACUAAUGCCAUUUUGAGCCAAUUGAAUGGUGGUGUGACCAUAGCUAGAGAAGUGCUGCCGGUCCAGAGCUCGGAGGAGACUUCAUUCAUAGGCAAUGAUGUUGAUGGAGCUGCGGAAAGCAGACGCAAAGGUCGCGGCACCAUUGAAACGGUUUAACUUUAAUUAAAACAAAAAGUUAAGUAUUGCUAUGAUGUUGUCACCUGUACGGGAGAAUUGAAUUGUCGCUACAAUUUUGUUAUUCCAACUAAUGUUAUUUUUAGUUUUCAUUAACAAAUAAUAGUUGAUUUGAUGUA